GCGAUAUCUCCCUGCUGGGUCGGAUCGAUGGUCUCAUCCUUUCUAUGCGGACUGUAAUGUCAUGGGGCCAUCGCCCUAGUUCGGUCUGUCGCUUUCCUCUACUCUCGUUCACGAGAUCGUCGUCUCCCCGUUGGACUCCGCGGGGUGAUUUCUACAAGCUUUUAUCCGAACCAUUCGUUUCGACUCCCGUAAACGUCUUUCGUUUCUCACACUCCUCCAUGACGAGGAAGAAGCGUCGCACCGGUCCCCCCCAGCCGGGGGGCCAGCCCCAGAAUAUCACAAAUGGGGGCAAGAGUGGCGGUGACAACGCAGCGCAGAACAACUCUCAGACCCCCGAUGGCGCAUGGCGACCAUACCAAACGCGCUGGACCUCAGGUUCUCGUCAACAAUCAGACAAGGCCGCCCCGAGGAACCCCAACAAGAAACGCAAUAUGGGCGCGAUGCCCGGGGGCUUGGACGCAGCGGCACAGUCCUCUGUAUCGAACGUGGGAGGGUCGCAGGGACCGGCUUCGAUGCCGCAGUCGUUUGUCCCGGCCUACGAUCCGAGCACGUCGUCCAAUCAAGGCGCCUUUAUGGGAUUCCCGGAUAUGAACGCCUUUCCCAUGUUCCCCAUGUUGCCCAACAUGAUGGACCCAUCAUUGGUGGAUUUCCAAGGACAGUUUCAGUCGCAGGGUAUGCCAGGACCGCAACCGUUACAAAAUCAGCUCCCUGCUGGCCAACAAGCACCCGGCGCAGCCAACAUGCCGCAGUGGAGUGACUACAGCAAUCCUGCGAACUUUCUACCAUUCCCGCCGCCGCCGCCCUUCUUGAACAUGACACCCACACCGGCCAUGUGGAACACACCGUCCCCCUUCCACAUGGACCCCACGGCCUUUGCAGCAGCUGGUCCUGCAGCAGCCAGUACCCCAGGAGGGUUGGGACGCAAAUCCGCCAACGCGCAGCGAAGACGAUCGCACUCCCCUGUAUCCCCUCCAUCAGCCACAGAGGCAUACCUCGCCCAGUCUGCUCUCCCCCCUCAAAAGAGCAAAGCUCGCUUCCGGCCCCUCCUCGUCAUCCUCGACCUAAACGGGACCCUCAUCUGCCGAAAACACCGCCGAAUGCCCCCCAAUUUCGCCAGCAGAGCGGGUCUAGAGAACUUCCUCGAAACCCUAAUGUCCAAAUACAAAGUCAUGAUCUGGUCCAGCUCCCGCCCAGAGACGGUAAACGCAAUCUGCCAACAACUCUUCCCAGGCAAGAAACGCAAGGCCCUAGUCGCCGAAUGGGGCCGGGACAAAUUCGGCCUCACACCCAAACAAUACAGCUCCAAGCUGCAAGUCUACAAGACCCUCCAGACCGUCUGGGCCAACGAGUCCAUCCAAGCCAAAUAUCCAGGCCGCGCCAGACGCCCCUGGAACCAGACCAACACGAUCUUAAUCGACGACAGCAAGCUCAAAGCCCUCAGCGAGCCCUACAACAUCCUCGAGAUCCCGGAAUUCACCAACCCACCAGGCACCGGCGACGAAGACAUCUUCCCCAAGGUGCUGGAUCGCCUCGAGGCGCUGUCGAAAUACGACGACGUCAGCAAAGCCCUCCGACUAUGGAACUCGAAGUUGUCAGACGACGUCAAGACGGUCCUCGAUCUGGGCGUCUACCCUUCCUCGGACGACCCGCUGCAGCCGCCGCCGCCUGUUACAGAUGAAGACCAGCUUCGCAGCCAGCUUCGCGUCGAAAGGCGCAAGGCGCAGAAGCAGGUGAAGUUGGCACGGAAGAAGGCGAGGAGAGCCGAUCGGAAUACCGACGCUGCUUCGUCGGUGGCUGCUGUGGAGGGUGGGCCCGCUGCCGUCACUACUCCUGCUACUGUCAUUGAGUCGGCGUCGCGAGACGAUGGUGGAGUCUCUAUCCCUUGUUCUGCUUCUCUUGAAGAAAAUACCAGCACAGACAAAAGCAAAGACACCAGAACAGAAAAUCCAGCAGCAGCAGCAGCAGUGUCCCCCAUCCCCAGAUCUAUCUCCCAAACCACGACCACCACCACGGCCACCACUCCUCCUUCAACGAACACCACAACCACCACAACCAGCUCACCACCCCACAACACGCGCUCGUCCUCCCCAGCCCCAUCUACCAAAUCCGACAAUUACCUUCUAGAUCGACUAGAGGAGUCGCUGAAUGUUUAGAUUAGAGCACAUUGACUUUGCUGCUUCUUCCUUAAACGGUUGUUGACAUUGCGCUUGCCUGGCAUACUACCACUACUACCUACUUUGUUCUGUACAUAUGGUAUGGGCAUGGAUGGGAUGGGUCAAAUUAUGGUUUUCUUUUUGUUUGAUCCCCCGUCUUUGCCUAGAACGACGGUACACGCUUUACAGUCAUUCCGCAUUGAAUGAUAAAUGGUGUUAACUUUCGAUUCAUUCCAUUUGUUUUUAUUUUAUUUUAUUUUAUUUUUGUUUCUUGUGGCGGACAGGUUUGAUUGGUUGCGUUCUUGCUGUUGUCGCUUUCAUUUGUCAUUCUAUGGGUGGAUGAUGUGUUUCCUGUAUCAUGAUAUACCCAGGUUUUUACUAGGACGACU